UUCAGUUGCUGUGUAGUGAGGAAAGCUAGACUGUGGUCAUUGGGAGUAGAAACUGUGCAUCUUUGGGGGGGGAGGAAAGAAAAGUGCCCCACUGUUGGUGUCAGUGGGGGGAAUAGUUCCCCUUCAUUGGUGUCAGUGGGGGGAAUAGUGUCCCAUCAUUGGUAUCAGUGAUUGGGAAUAGUGCCCCAUCAUUGGUGUCAGUGGGAGGAAUAGUGCCUCAUCAUUGGUGUCAGUGGGAAAAAUAGUGCCCCAUUUUAUUCAUUUUAGUUCAAUGGGUGAAUAGUGCCCAUCAUUUGUGUCAGUGUGGGAACAGUGCCCCAUCAUUGGUUUCAGUGGGGAUAAUAG